AUGUCCAUCCUUUCGCCACGUUCAAGACGGGAAUGGGAGCGCGAUCUCUGCCGAAACCUUCGCAGUUUGCAGCAACCAACCUGGGGCUUUACCAUCUUCCGUACCGUCUACACGCUAGAGUUAGACACCCAGUUUCCAUCGCCAAGCCCUUUUAUGGCCUGUAGCACUGAACCACCAUUUGAUUCGGGACCGAAUGAGGAGAUGAAGAGACGAUAUAAAAACGAUGUCGUGGACGACCACGAUAGGGGCGUCGAUCUCGAAAUACACGCACUCUAUGCUCGACAUCGAGUGUGUAUUAUGGUCGAUACGGCCGUUCUGAAUUCUGUAGCAGCAGGACCAGAAGAUCCAAGUCAAGGCGAUAAGCUCGAACCUAUAUGGGUUAAGGUGGCCGAGUACUUGGCGCCAGGGGAAGAGGAGUGGCAGGGCUGGUUGAAAGUCGGAUUAACUGCUCUAAAUUAUUUUUGGUUAAUGUUUGUGCAGGUGGAGAGGUCGUGGAUAUGUUUCUGGAAACGAUGGAAGACGGGUUGGGGGACGUUUUUAGCUGAUUGA